AGUAAGCUCCUCUAUUGCUUUGCCCUGUUUCUCUGAUAUCUCUUUAACUCCUUUAAUACAUUAUCUCCUCACACCUUCACUUUGAAAUCAAGAAAAAGUAGAAAAAAGGAAUAGAAAAGAGUUCUCUGAGUGUGUAGUGAGAGAUGGGGAGAGGUAAGAUUGAGAUCAAGAGGAUUGAAAACUCAAGCAACAGGCAAGUGACCUACUCUAAGAGGAGAAGUGGGAUCAUAAAAAAAGCUAAGGAGAUCACAGUUUUAUGCGAUGCUCAAGUUUCUCUUGUCAUCUUUGCUAGUUCUGGAAGGAUGCAUGAGUACUGCAGCCCUUCCACUACGGUGGUAGAUCUGUUGGACAAGUAUCACAAGCAAUCUGGUAAGAGGCUGUGGGAUGCUAAACAUGAGAACCUCAGCAACGAGAUUGACAGAAUCAAGAAAGAGAAUGAAAGCAUGCAGAUUGAGCUGAGGCAUCUGAAAGGGCAGGAUAUCUCAUCUUUGCCCCACAAAGAGUUGAUGGCCAUAGAGGAAGCCCUUGAUACUGGCCUUGCUGCUGUCCGUAAAAAGCAGAUGGAGUUCCACAGCAUGUUGGAGCAAAAUGAAAAGAUAUUGGAUGAGGAGUUCAAGCACCUCCAGUUCGUUCUGCAACAACAAGAGAUGGCCAUGGAAGAGAAUGCGAUGGAGAUGGAAAAUGCUUAUCAUCAACAAAGGGUGAGAGACUAUAAUUCCCAGGUGCCUCUCGCAUUCCGCGUGCAGCCUAUCCAGCCAAAUUUGCAAGAGAGGAUGUAAUUGGGUCUCGGGUUGUACCCCUAAUCCUCUUACUUGCUUUCUUGAUUAAUCUUUUCAGCAGUCCAGUGUUUGUAUUAAUUAAUUUGGUGUCAUCUCAAGCCACUGGUCGUACUAAAACUUGUAUAAUUAAGCUUUGC